AUGUCCACCUCGCAGGCUAAAAGUAUCUUCGAUCCUCAGGUCUACACGGACCUGAAGUUGAAAAAGAUUAUCCCAUACAAUCACAAUACCUCUAGAUUUUUUUUCGAGCUCCCUGAUGGACAAGCUUCGUUGAUUCCUGUGGCGUCUUGUAUAGUAGCAAGAGCGUCAAAUCCAGAGGACUUGAGGGAUGCAAAAGGAGAUCCCUUCUUUAGACCCUUCACCCCAAUUUCCCCACCUGAUGCUGUUGGGGAGCUCGUACUGCUAGUUAAGCGUUACGAAGCAGGCAAUGUUUCCAAAUACAUUCAUAGCUUGAAAGUAAGGGCUGAAGGCGACACACUUGCAUUCAAAGGCCCUUACCUCAAGUUUGCGUAUGAAGCAAAUCAAUUCAAGGAGGUCGCCUUCAUUGGCGGUGGCACAGGAAUUGCUCCUUUCUACCAAGUGCUAACACAUGCUUUGAGAGAUGACAAUAACAAGACAAAGUUCAAGUUGAUCUACUCCAAUAUCUCAGAGAAAGACAUCUUGUUGAGAGCGGAACUCGACGCUUUGCAGAAGAAAAAUCCACACACCUUCGAUAUUGUAUAUCUGGUGGACAACCCUACGGAAGAAUGGAAGGGUCCAACAGGCUUUAUAACGGUCGAGCAUAUCAAGAAGCACGUCAGCCCUGCUACCUUGGGAGAUCAAAUUAAAAUCUUCAUUUGCGGUGAGAAAAGCAUUGACAACGAUAUCUUGAAGGGCAAUGCUAAAGGUACACAUCAGGACCUCCCGCUCAAGUUGCCUCACUGGCGGGGAAAAAAGACGGACAGAACCAAGGAGAACUCGGCGGAAUUCUGA